AAGCUCUGACCCAUGCGUACGCACAGAAAGUGGAGAAAGGAAAAACGGCGACGCCGUUGGCAGAAGAAUGAAACGCGGAAACAUUUUGAAACUGAGACCAAUGUGUAAAAUAAAUCAAAUUAUUGCCUCUGAUUAGGCCUAAUCAUAUUAAGAAUUCUCAAAAGCCAUUCUUACAAUUAAUACACAAACACCUGUUUCAUAGAUUCUCUAUGCAGUGCGGGGGGAAAAUAAAGAAAACUAGUAGUCUAUCAUAAAUUCAUAUAAAUAUAUAUUUGCAAAUAAAACCAUGUUCUGUAAUUAUUAAACAAAAUGUGCAUGUUAUGGAAUUUAUUCUCAUAAAUAAUAAGGCGAUAAGGACAAGUUUACACGGAUGCUUUUUCUCGAGGCUUCCGUCUGGCGAUAGGAGCACAUAGCGCUUAUCGUUUGUUUUAAAUGUCUGUUUUUUGUAGCCUAAAUCGUGUUCAAAUCAGGGAGUUGAAUUAUGAUUAUACAUGCUUGUUGUGCAACACCAUUUGUUGUUUCCAUAAUUUACGAAUUAGAUGAACUCCCACACCUGUAGCAUGUUAGGUUCAAUCAAAUGGAUGGGUAUAAAAAGGCAUGCCAGCACAAUGCGUAAUGACGCAAAAUGGCUGAAUUGGCUUUUUUUGAAGACGUUGCUCGACAGAGAAUAAGGAGGGAGAGAAUUUUUAGAGAGCACACAGACUUGCUGGCUAAUGGGGACGAGUGGCUGAUAAGCAGAUUCAGACUGCCGCGCGCUGUCCUGCUCGAGCUGUGCGCGGUGUUGGGCCCAGCUUUGGCGAGGAACACCCGGCGCAAUAACGCCGUGCCAGUCCCACUUCAAGUUCUGACCACACUGGGUUUUCUGGCAACCGGCACUUUUCAGAGGGAGUUGGCUGACAGGUCGGGGAUAUCUCAGCCAACCCUCAGCCGUGUUAUGCCAGACGUGUUAGGAGGAAUUGUAAGUUUGACACAUCUUUACAUCAAGUUUCCUUACACGGUGGCUGAACAGGCAAACAAAAAAGCGCAAUUUGCAGCAAUGUCCGGUUUCCCAAAUGUAAUCGGUGCCAUUGACUGCACUCAUGUUGCUAUAAGGGCGCCGAGUAUGAAUGAAAAUGCUUUCGUUAAUCGAAAGCAUUUUCAUUCAAUAAAUGUCCAAGUCAUUUGUGAUGCGGACAUGUUACUCGUAAAUGUUGUAGCUCGGUGGCCUGGGUCAACCCAUGACUCAUUCAUUCUGAGACAAAGCAGUGUUGGUCGGAGACUUGAGGCUGGGGCUGUGCGUGAUGGCUGGAUUCUGGGGGACAGUGGGUAUCCACUGAAGCAGUGGCUGCUCACGCCUUUCGCCAACCCCCAGAGCGCGGAGGAAAGGCAGUAUUACAUCAGCCAUACCCAGACACGGUCUGUGGUGGAGCGCACCAUAGGCCUGUUUAAAGGCAGAUGGCUGUUCCUAGACUGCACUGGAGGGAUGCUUUUAUAUAGACCGGAGAAGGUGUGCCAGAUGAUACGUGCAUGUGCUGUGCUACAUAAUAUGGCACAACUGCAAAAUGUGCCUCUACCCCCUGGAGCGGAAGCUGCAUGUGUUCGACCCGACCCCGACCCCCAGCCCCAGGCAUUUCAGCCAAACGGUGCGGCUGUGCGCCAGCGUUUGGCUGUGAUGCGGCGGUUGUGAAAACACCAAACAAGUUUCCCUCUGCAUGGCAAGGACUGCGUCGGUGAGGACACGCCCGCUGCUGGAUGGAGAUGGAGACGGAGACGGAGACGGAGAGGCACGUGGAGGUUCAGCUGCAACACCCUCUCCACUGGAACAUGCAGCAACUAAAAAAAAAAAGGGAUUUGUGUAAAUAAAGUGUUUUGUACAUACACGAGUGACUUGAAUGCAUUUAUUUUACUCAUUCCAUAAAAGCAAUUGCAAAUAAGC